CAAAACAAAUAAAAAUCAAGCUGAUGCAACGCAUGAGCGCGGGGGAUAAAAAUCUCUCCGAUGUCCCGCGUUUUCGAAGCUCUUCAACAAUGGCGACCUUUCUGAUCUGACGAAAGCGACUCUCUCUCCUUAUCUCUCUCUCUCUCUUUCUCUCAUGCCUCGGAUUCGUAUCGACGUAGCUGCUCAGUGAGAGAUGAAGAUGAGCUUCUUUGUCUUCUUCGUAUCUGUUUUUCUUGCUCUCGGUUUCUUUCCUCUUCCGCCUUCCGUUGCUUUCUCCGGUGAAUCAUCCGCCGCAGCCUCACAGGAUCCGCUUAAGCUCCUAUUAGGCUCGACUAAUUUUGGAUCAUGGAAAGGAGCAAUCUCACCUGAUUCGUUAGCACCAGGACCUUCAGCAGAUUUCUCUGAUUACCUCGUCUUGGCAGCUGACAGAACCAAGAGACCUGACAUUCUUAGAGCUUUCAAGCCUUACCGUGGCGGCUGGAACAUCACCAAUAAUCACUAUUGGGCUUCCGUUGGAUUUACAGGUGCUCCUGGUUUCAUUCUAGCUGCUGUCUGGAUCUUGUCUUUUGGCUCUCUUCUUGUUGUAUACCAUUGCUUCAAAUGGAGAGUAUGUGACAAAGCCAAGGGAUCAUCAUACAACUCACGAUUCAUCUGUCUCAUCUUGUUGAUUGUCUUUACUUGUGCUGCAGCGGUGGGAUGUAUUCUUUUGUCUGUUGGACAGAAUAAGUUUCAUACUGAAGCUAUGCAUACUCUAAAGUAUGUGGUGAACCAGUCAGACUACACUGUUGGGAUCCUCCAGAAUGUGACUCAGUAUCUGUCCAUUGCAAAAACGAUUAACGUGACACGGUUUUCCGUUCCAUCUAAUGUAGUGGAUGAAAUCGAAAAGUUAAAUGUCAAUCUGAAAACUGCAGCAGAAACGCUAGAAGAGAAAACAACAGAUAAUUCUGCUAAGAUAAAGAGAGUUUUCUAUGCUGUGCGAUCUGCUCUGAUCGCGGUGGCUACUGUGAUGCUCAUCCUUUCUUUUCUUGGUCUUUUGCUCUCUGUCCUCCGCUAUCAACACAUUGUUCAUAUAUUCGUCGUGAGCGGGUGGAUACUGGUGGCUGUGACAUUUAUCCUCUGUGGAGUCUUUCUGAUCCUAAACAAUGCAAUUUCGGAUACGUGCGUAGCCAUGAAGGAAUGGGUUGAUCAUCCUCAUGCAGAAACAGCUCUCAGCAGCAUCCUCCCAUGUGUUGAUCAGCAAACAACAAACCAGACUCUUGCCCAGAGCAAAGUUGUCAUCAACAGCAUCGUGACCGUUGUGAAUACCUUUGUCUAUGCCUAUGCCAAUACAAACCCAUCUCCAGGCCAAGACCACUAUUACAAUCAGUCUGGACCUCCAAUGCCUCCUUUGUGCAGCCCAUUUGAUGCAAACAUGGAAGAACGCGAGUGCGCGCCUCAGGAGUUGUCAAUAGCAAAUGCAUCAUCGGUCUGGGAGAGUUACAUAUGCGAAGUAUCACAAUCCGGGAACUGCACAACUGUAGGGAGAGUAACGCCUGAUAUCUAUAGGCAGCUGGUAGCAGCUGUAAAUGAGAGCUACGCACUCGAGCAUUACACACCGCCUUUGCUUAGCUUCCGAGACUGCAACUUUGUUAGGGAUACAUUUGAGAGUAUUACCUCAGAUUACUGUCCACCAUUGGAGCGUAAUCUGAGGAUUGUGAACGCAGGACUCGGACUGAUCUCUGUGGGAGUGUUACUAUGUCUUGUGCUGUGGAUAUUCUAUGCGAACCGCCCCCAAAGGGAGGAAGUGUUUGCGGAUCCACGCUCUCAAGUAAAAGAAGGUAGCUUUGGUAACGGCUUAGAUAAUCAUCACUCAGGUGACGAAACUAAGGUUUCUGCAGAAUACGUAUAGUAGAUAAGUAUAGAUAGAUAGAAUCAAAUAUUGUAUUUUCAUAAAAAUAUAUGAAAAAAAAACAAUAAAGUCAUUGUGUAGCGUGUUGAUGUUACAUUAGAAGAUGAGGAAGAGACUAGAAGUGAAGCGAAGUUUCACUUUCUGGCUUUUGUUUUGGGAAUGAUUUGGAGUCCUUGAUUUCACAAAGUAAUUACUGGUAAACUCAGAGAGGUUGACCAUUUUUGUUUA